UGGACGAAUUCUUUCUAAAUAACAAUCGAACCUUCUGCUUUCGUUCAUUUGAAGUUUGUCUGUCAGGAAACCAUCCCAAUCGUGGAAUGCCGCGUGCGCUACCUGUCGUUCCUGGGCAUCGGUCGCGACGUGCGACGCUGCGCGUUCAUCGUACAUACCGCGCAGGACCUCUUCGUCGCGCACGCGUUCCACGCCGAACCGUCGUCUGGGGCUCUAUGCAAGACUAUCGAGGCUGCUUGCAAGCUGCGCUACCAGAAGUGCCUGGACGCGCACGGCGGCGCGGCGGCGCUGGCCGGCGCGGGCGCCGCGGGCGACCAACGCGGCUCGCUGGGGCAGGCGCUCAAGUCCUUCGUCGGCAGCCUCACGGGCCGGCGGGCCUCCUGAAUCCCCACGGGUGCGCUGCACUACACAGAUAAAUCCUCUGCAAGCCCAGAGGUGCUCCGUGGUCGUCGCACCGCUGCAGCCAUGCUUCAUCACAGGCGGUAACCGCUCUUCUGUAUCGUUUUAUUUCCAGCUUGAAUAUACCGUUGGAAUUUCCUCAAUUAUUUCAUGUAAUACUUACGACACAAACGUUAGAAUGCAAAAUGUGACACCUGUUAUAGGCAGACAAUUGACUCAGAAAAGUAAAAAUUUCUGAAAAAAGAACUGUCUUAAACGUUGGUGGUUUCAAAUUUCUAUCUAUUAAUAUUGUGUAAUUUUUGUAAGCAUUUCCACCAAGAGUAGUCUCGAACUACAUUUUACACGCCGAUUACGUCCCCAUUCUUUUUCUCAACAAGUGCUUAUAAAUUUCAUUUGCUAUCACUGCAUCAUAGAAGAUGUUUAAUAUUAAAAUGGUUGUAUAAAUUGAUAAAUAAAUAUACGUAAAGGAAAAUAGAUUUUCAAUCGAUAUUCGUAACAAAAGUGACAAUAAUCACGUAUUGAAUUUUAAAAUUGACGGAAGUAUUGUAAUAAAUCUAAAAUUAAUUAUUUAUUAAAAUAAACGGAAUCAUCCCUUAAUGCCACCCUUAAAGGCAGAAUAUUCUCUUCAAAUUCGAAUGAGACCACUACUUAGGUUCCCCCUUUCUAGCAAAAAAGAAUCAUGGGUUGGGUUUAGCAGAAAUGGGUUCAUAAACGUGGGAGUUAUCACGUAACGAAAAAAAAAAACAGUCGAAUUGAGCAUCUGUUAAAAAUGUAGACUGUAAAACUCUUGGUGGAAAAUGACGUAGGCACACAUUUUUCAGGAA